AUGAUCCGCGUGGUCUCCGCAAACCCUCUGGCAGUCAGUGCGGGUGCCAUUGACACGGCGCGUAUUCGUGCGCUUCGCCUUCGAGGAACUACGAUCCGCGCGAGCAGCGAUUGGCACCAGAAUCACGGCGUAUCGAGCUUCGACGACAAACCACGAGAUAGUCAAUUACCACAACAAAUAGACCUCCUUGAGCGAUAUCGGGGACUCAUUUCAUCGGGUAAGAUCCGUUAUGACGAAGAACAGAUCAGAGUAAUCAUGCAGCUUAGAAGAUUACAAAGGGAACUCGGUGGUUACGCCCCUCCAGCUUUGUCAACUCAAUAUUUUGAUCCUAGAGAAUCCAAAGGCAAUGACGGCUGCAAACCAUGGUGGUUGCACGAAUCAAAUCCGGAACAUUCCGCCGCUGAGGAUCAUCGAGCCCUUGGUCUUCUGUUAACUGGUCCGCCUGGCUCUGGCAAAAGCUUUCUCAUAGACUUGUGGUACUCUGCCAUACCGACACCUUUCAAGGCUCGUAAACAUUACAAUGAGCUCGUACUAGAGAUAUACCGUGCAGUCUGGGAGGAAACUCGGCACCGCAUGGCAGCGACACAUUCCACAAGGUCUGUUGCGUCUGACUCGCCGUCCCUCUCUUGGAACAAGUCCAUUCUGGAGCGCUGGCGAGCACUGUUACGCUCCGGGUCUUUGCCAUUGAGAUGGACACGCCAAGCAAAUAGCCGUAUCUCUUUUGGCGGGACAGUACAACCGACGAUAGCAUUUGCGGUCGCACAGCGGCUCAUUCUUCGGCACUGGCUUCUUGUCUUCGACGAGGUACAGCUCCUAGACGUGUCCAGUGCUACGCUUCUUGCAGAUGUGCUCUCCUGGUUCUGGCGCAUGGGCGGCGUGAUUGUGGGCAGCUCCAACAAGGUCCCCGACGACCUCUACAAGAAUGGCGUUCAAAGAGAACGGCUAGAACCCUUCGUUGAAGCACUGAAGGCGAGAUGCCCUGUAUACAUUAUGCGAAGCGAGCAUGAUUGGCGCGCCACUCGAGCGACGAUGACCAAAGUCAAGACAUGGUACGUGAAUGGGCAGGAGAGAGAGUUCGACACGAAGGUGCGAGCUUUCGCCGAUGUCGAAUGCUCGCCGCGGUCAAUGCAAGUCAUAGUAUUCGGUCGCUCGCUUCGUGUUCCUUGGGCAAUCGGCUCUGUUUGUAAAUUUUCUUUUGCGGAACUCUGCGACGAGUCAUUAGGGCCAGCGGACUACAUCACUUUGGCAUCGACGUUCCGCACUGUAGCCAUUACUUCUAUUCCCAUUCUGAGGAUGUCAGCCAAGAAUCAGGCACGGCGGUUCAUUUCGCUUAUCGAUGCAUUGUACGAGGCACGCUGCAGGAUUGUAUGUCUUGCGGAAGCAAAACCAGAACAACUCUUCUUUCCAGACGCGCCGUCUGCGACGGAGGAAGAGGCAUAUCAUGAACAACAAUCAUCGGAUGUCAUGAUGGCGGAGGCAGUAGCGGAGACCCAAGACGUCUAUCGCCCAAACGUCUCGUCGUAUGACGCGCCCAAUAUGGCAGAAGCACCCAAGGCGCCCUCAUCUCCGCUCGCGCUCGACAAGCUAUCUAUCUUCUCCGGCAAGGAUGAACAGUUCGCGUUCAAGCGGGCCCUAUCUCGUCUCCUCGAGAUGACAAGCGACAGCUAUACCGAGCAGGAACAAUGGGCCCCUCUUCCCCCGAGCUCGCGCAAAUGGGAAGCUCCUUCCCCGCAAUCGCAGGCCGACCAACGUCCCGAUCAGCGUCCCUUACAAUGGGCGCCUUCGCUCCGUCCCGCUGACCUGGACACUGCCGACUCCGUGCACGGAGCAACCCGCGAGAGUUCUGCCUCGGCGGACUCGGAGGGUCGCCCUGAGGCGCCGAGGCUGAGCCCGGCUCACGUGUGGGGGGUCAGGGAAGAUUGGGGAGACAGGGCAAAGGAUUGGGGCCGCGGGGCCAGCGCAUAUGAGAACCCGUCGUCCACCCCCGCACGCGGCGGCCACAGACGGGAGUGA